UCCUGGCAUCUGAUGUUUCUGCGCUGCAAUCGAUAAAAACCCAGCCUGCAGAGACCGAUGAACAGACAGGGGUUUUGCCAGGCCAGCCAGGACCGGGAAGAGAGAACAGGAGUUAGGUGGAAGAUGUGUGAACGAGGAGAUAGAUAAAUAGAUAGAUUAAAAAAACAGUGCUAGAAAGAAGAGGGAAAGAGCCGAGAUAUGGAGAUGGGAGCAGUGCAGCUGUUGAGCCGAGCGGAGGGGGCUUGUUCGUGAUGGUGCUCUGUAUGGACAGUAAGCUGUGCCAUGACAGGGGGCAUCGUGGGUAAAAGAGACAUGCGGCACCCAGCCCGGCACCACUGCCAUCUCUUCCUGGGUGGGGCCUUGCUGCUUCUCCUGGCCAGCCUGGCUCAGAGCUGCCCUGCCCGAUGUGAGUGCUCAGCCCAAACCAAGUCAGUAAGUUGCCACCGCAAGCGCCUGCCUGCCAUCCCUGAAGGAAUCCCCAUCGAGACACGCGUCCUGGACCUUAGCAAGAACAAGCUUCGCAUCAUUACACCAGACAACUUCUCUUCAUUCCUUCAGCUGGAGGACCUGGACCUAAGCGACAACCUCAUCAGUGUGGUCGAGCCUGGAUCAUUUCGGUCUCAGCUCGCUCUGCGCUCGCUCAACUUUCGCAGUAACCUGCUUCAGCUUGUUCCCGCUGGUGUGCUGUCGGGCUUGACCAAUCUCUCCCGCCUUGACCUCAGCCACAACCGACUGGUGGUUCUCUUGGAUCACGCCUUCCAAGACCUGCGCAGGUUGACGUCCCUGGAGGUCGGUGACAAUGAGUUAGUCUUUGUUUCCCAGCGGGCCUUUACUGGAUUACUUGGACUUCAAAGUCUGACCCUGGAACGAUCCAAUCUCACAGUAGUUCCAACUGAUGCUCUGGGACAUCUCCACAGCCUGGUUGAGCUUCACUUACGCUACCUUAGCAUUGGUUUUCUAAAACCUUUCUCCUUCAAGAGGCUAUCACGACUCCGCCGACUAGAGAUUGAUUACUGGCCAUGGCUGGAUGCACUGCCUCCCCUCUCUCUGCAUGGGCUCAACCUUACAACAUUGUUCAUAACGAACACUAACCUGUCUGCCUUCCCCGGAGCAGCACUACACAACCUGCACUACCUCACACAUCUCAACUUGUCCUACUGCCGCAUCAAGCAUAUUCAUCAAGGAGAGCUAGGUCAACUCCCACACCUGGUGGAGCUUCGGCUUCAAGGGGCUCAUCUGAUUGCUAUCGAGCCUUUAGCAUUUGUGGGCCUCAAAUCUUUGCAACUACUGGAUGUGUCAGAGAACCACCUGGACUCCCUGGAGAGGGGAGUGUUUGCCUCACCAGACAACCUCCAGAGGCUGUGUCUGGGUGGAAACCCAUUAGUGUGUGACUGCAGGUUGCUUUGGCUACUCAAUAGCCACAAGCCCCCCUCUCUGCAGAUUUUGGAUGUCCAGCCUGAGUGCAGCGGCCCUGACCACCUCCAAGGAAAACCCCUCCGUGACCUUAAAGAGCCUCUGGUCUCCCGUUAUAUGACCUGCACCAAACCACGGAUUGGACCCAACACGACUCAGCUGCUGAUGACUGAUGAGGGUCAACCUGCCCGCCUGAUCUGCUUGGCAGAGGGAGCACCUCGGCCUUCAGUGGUCUGGAUUACACCUCACAGACGCUACGUCACAACCAAAAGCAGUGGUAGGGUGGAAGUUCAGUCAGAUGGUACCCUAGAGAUCAAGACAGCGGAGCUGCAUGACAGCGGGGUGUAUCUGUGUAUUGCCAGUAACCCUGCUGGUAAUGCAAGCCUGUCAGCCUCUUUAGCUGUGAAGAGUCUGGGCAUUGGGGACAGAUCUCACUAUAGCAACAGGAGCUCGAACUAUCUGACAGACUCUAACAACACAUGGGGGAAUGGGACAGUACUGUACAACAUGACAGUCCCUAUAGACAUUAAAACUAUCAUUAUAUCUACAGCCAUGGGCUGCCUGUCUUUCCUAGGUGUGGUCAUCUUUUGUUUCCUGCUUCUGUUUAUCUGGAGUCGAGGGAAAGGACGCCAUAAGAGCAACUUUGAUAUUGAGUAUGUCCCUCGCAAAUCCAAUGGGGCAGCAGCAGAGGUGUCUGAAUCAAGUGGCCCACGACGGGUCAACAUGAAAAUGAUUUGAAAUGUCAGAGACUGUAACAUAUGAAAGCAAGUCAACAACAAAAUGUCCACAUAUCAGCUGAAAAUGUUUUUUUUCUAUGACUCAGUGGAUUUGUGACAAACGAAAGUUCUGUAUUAAUAUAGUGGGUGUCAAUAUGACAGUGACCUAGUGAUAAAGUGGGCAUGUGAAUAUAAAGUGAUAUAUGAAACCGUGGACGUGUUUAUAUGAAAUAAUGUUCUCAUACAGUACAUUGAAUAUAAAACUAUAACCAACAUAUCAAUAUGGGAGUGAUAUAGUGCUACACUAGGCAUGUGUUUCAGUGGUGAUGUGAUGAGUAAUGAUGUUGUCGACUCACCGUAACAUCAAGGUGAAGGAGGGAGCCGCUGGGAGUGACCCGGGACAUCUCUGCGUGGCAGUAGAGCUAUCAUCGCUGCAACCUGUCAGGACUAAAUUGUCUAAUACCCAUAUUAGCUGCAGUACGAAAGGUGUGUGUUAUGUCCAUGUGUGCGGGCGUGUGUGUGUGUGUGUUUGUGUGCGUGCAUCAGUGUGCGCAUGUUGCAUUUGUGCGUUUCUUUGAGCAUGUGCACGCAUUGCCUUUCUUGUUGGACAGAACAAAUGAAAUGAAUGAAAGGGUCCAAAGCAUUUUUUUCAGGCCUUUGUUCCGUCAUUGUUACAACAGUGAUGUUCCUGUUGUGAAAAAAAGAGGAUUAUCUAUGUUUGUAUUCAAAAUCACAAUUAGUAUAUUCUAGAGAAAUGCUGCAUACAUUUUGAAAUACAUCAUUAUCCCCAUUAGAGUUAUCCCAGCAUUAUAUGGGAUUUAUUUUACUCAAGGGGAUAUUAAUACACAUGCCGUGGUUACAAUGUCAAUUAUGAGCUUUGUCUUUACCAAAGAGCUUACCAUCCUAAAUUUCCGUCAACACUUUCCUGAAAAGCAGUUGUCAGCUGUGUUAUUACUCUGGAAAAGCUGUUAGCUAUAGAAAUGGCAUGUUGAACCUGUUCUAUAACACAAUAAAUCAUGGGUAGAUUUUCCUGCUAGACAAAUCCCCUGAUAUGAUAAAAGAGCCUGUGGCCAGAGGAAUUGGCAAAGAUUUACUGGCCGGUGCUCUCUUUGGGAUGAGACAAAGUUGAGCUUCACAGAUUUAUGGGUUGAAUUUCCCCCUCUCUCAUUUUUCUUCGAUCUUUCACUUCAAAGCUAGUGUGUCCGUAUUCUUCCCUUGAGCACUGGGUAUUUAAUAAAUGGCAAUUUGAAAGAUGUAGUGGAAUCUUGUAUUGUUUAGGUUUUUUUUUUUUUGUUUAAAAUGUUUAAAUGUUUAGAAAAAAUGAAAAACAAUUAAGGGCAACUCUUUGUAAAGCAGGGCGUGGGUUGUAACUUGUGUGAUCCUGUUGUGAUAAAAAUGUUUAAGGUUGUAAAAUUGUUUUCAUAUGACAAAUUUAUGGGUAUAUUUUCAAAAGGAAAUAAAUCAUAGUCAUACCCC